CUGGUCUAGUUGAACUAAAAGUUAGUUUAUUGGGGCUUGGAGUUUAGAAUUAAAAAUUAUAUAUUUAUAUUUAUAUAUACUUAUAGAAUGACGUCCUUGGACUAUUGCCCAUAUAGCUAUAGUGAUCUGCCCCUAGAGAUUGUUCUGCAUAUAUAUAAAUAUCUGGGCUAUUCGGAUUUGUUGGCAGCUGGCACGACCUGUCAACGUUGGCGAAGUGCUCUAUAUCAUACUGAAUUCAUCGCACGCACCCGCGUACGCUUCUCGAAGACUGUUUUAUCGGAUCAACAUAGUCCUGCGUUGGAUUUGAUGCGAUGUGAACGACGAUUUCGCCACUUUCUGUUCGAGGAUGUGACGCUGGGCCAGGUGCAGGAGCUGAUGACAUUCAUCGGCGAGUCGGCGCACUCCUUGAGCCUGGAUAAUGUCGAUCUGAAUGACAAACAAUUCUAUGGCAUCUUGAGCUUGUUGCCCCAUUUGCAAGUCCUUUCCGUGACAGUCUGUUUGCCUUUGUUCAUGUCCGCCUCGUUUUUGGAUAGCAAUUCGAUUGACUUGAAUGAGAUACCGGCACAUUUGGCUAGCAUCAGAGAAUUGACUAUAUGCAAAAAUCAAUAUCUAACGGAUGCUAUAGUACAGAGAUUAACAGCCCUAAUGCCCAAUUUGGAAUUGCUGAAUAUGUCCGGCUGUCAGAUCUCCUUUCACAACGCCAUCUAUCGACGCUUCUAUCCAAACGAGCCCAGCACGCCCAGUGAAUCGGUGCUGACAUUCAAAUACAUACAAAAUGUGAUCAGCCAGCAGCGAAGAGUGCUGCACACUCUCAACUUCAGUCACACUCUCAUCGGCCACUCGCUGAUGGCUCUCAUUGAGUUGAGCAAGGUCGACGAACAGGCUCAGCCCGGGCUGCAGUUGCGACGUCUCUAUUUGGCGGGCUGCAGACAACUGAAUACCUCAACCAUACGCAGCUUUCUCUACACUCAAGCUCAACUGAGAGUUCUGGAUCUGUCGUCGACGCUGUGCCUGAAUGAUGAUUGCGUGGCGGUAAUUGUUCAGGCAAAUCCCCUGUUGCAGGAACUGAAGAUCAAUGCAUGUGCCGGCAUCUCGAAUACAGGCGCCGCAAGUUUACGCAAUUUGUCUCGAUUGAGACUGCUGGAUAUAUCCAAUUGUGAUGGCAUCAAUAGCAAUGGAAUAAUAGAGGGCAUUGCUAGUACAGAGAAUAAUGUCCUCGAGGAGCUGAACGUCUCUUAUCUGACCAUCUGUGAGGAGUCCAUCAAGUCAAUAGCCAGGAAUCUGCACGCUCUACGCUCACUUCAUCUCAAUCAUUGCGUCAACGCUGUCACAGAUGAGGUAAUGCAGCUCAUAAUCCAACAACUAUGCUGGCUGAGAGAGCUAUCGCUCGAAAGCUGUUGUCGGCUAACAGAUGCCGCCUUGACUGGCAUCAAUAUAGCUAAGCUAGAACUGAAUCGCAGCUCUGCUAUAGGAAACACCUACCCACCGUCCGAUGGAUUCAGCGGCUCGUUGCAGUCGAUCAAGAUAUCGUUGCGAAGCAAGGCGGAGGAGGAGAUUGUGCGGGAUGCGAAACGUAAGCAGGCAAUGUUUGCGGCCUACGAGAUGAAUCUGAUCAACGACGAGGAUUUCGAAGGCCACAAUAUACAAGAGCUGCGCGGACUACGGUCGCUCAAUCUGCGCGGCUGCAAUAAAAUCAGCGAUGUCUCCCUGAAAUAUGGCCUCAAGCACAUUGAGCUCAGCAAGCUGUUGCUCUCGAAUUGCCAGCAGAUCUCACUGCUGGGGAUAGAAGCCUUAGUUAACAACUGCCCAGCGAUUGAGGUACUCGAUCUAUCCGACUGCUAUAACAUCAGCGAUCAGGGCAUUAAGAUCAUUACGGAGAGGCUGCGACGGCUGCGCUCGCUGGACAUCAGCGGCUGCAGCCAGUUGACAGAUCACACGAUCGACUCUAUAAUUGUGAACUGUGAAUGCCUGGAGACAUUGUCCAUCUAUCGCUGCCGUCGCAUGUAUACGGAUAUCGAGGAACGCUUGGCGGACGUGCGCACACUUCGCAAUCUGCAUACGGACAAUGUGAAUAUCAUCGAUAGUGCCGAUUUUUUUUGCGUGAAGAAGCGACUCGAUUGCUGAUAUUUUAUUGCAAUUUUCGUUGUAUUUAUUUUAUAUUAUUUUCAAUUAUACAAUUUUCGCUAGUCAAAAUUUAGCCUAAAAGGCAAUUCGAAUUGAAAA